AUGGGUUCGGUGUGCUUCAUCCGUGUGACUUUGAUUUUCCUUUGCUACGCAGGCACAGCCAUCGUCACGGCAAAUAAGGCUUUGCUCUGGACAGAUAGCCGUUAUUUCAUCCAGGCAGAGAAGCAGCUGGCAGGAACGGAAUGGGUUCUGAUGCGUCAGCUUCAACCAUCUGUACCUGAGUUGGCCGAUUGGGUCCUGGACAAUCUCAACGGCAAGUGCAUUGGGGUUGAUCCACGCUUGGUACCUGCUGAAGUCGCACAAGAUUGGAUCUCACAAUGGGGAUCUUGCAUAUCUCUCAAGGAGAUCAGGCCCAAUCUGAUUGAUGCCAUUUGGACGACACGGCCAGAAGACCCGUGCAAUCCUGUUGAGACACAUCCUAUUGAGUAUGCUGGUGAAUCUGUGGCACGCAAAAUCGAAAGAGUUCGGGAAGCCGUUGAGGAGCAGGGGGCCAGCGUUUGUGUCGUGAGCGCUUUAGAUCAAAUCUCUUGGCUCUUCAACCUAAGGGGCUCCGAUAUUCAGUACAAUCCGCUCUUCUUCGCAUAUGCUGCUGUGUUCAAGGAUCGCGCCAUGUUAUUCUUGCGCGUGCUUGAGGAUGGAAAGGAUGGAGUUUCUGCAGAAGUGCGGUCGAACCUAGCUCAGGCUGGAGUAAUAUUGAAGCCAUACAAUCGCUUUUUCGAUGACUUGCCUGCAGAGUUGGGUUCACAGGAAAAGGUCCUUCUGGACUCUGCCUCUUGUUCUUUGGCCACCCUGAGCAUGGUCAAGCCUGAGCUCCGAGUGCACGGUCUCUCACCCAUUGAAAAAAUGAAAGCUAGUAAAAAUGCUGUCGAGAUCAGCGGUCUCAAGAAGGCAUGCAAGCGUGAUUCCGUUGCUUUGUGUGAGCUUCUCUCAAAGCUUCAGCAGAUACUGAGCAAUCCGCAGCCGGACGAGGUGCUUCCGAACGAGUUUGAUGUUUGUGAUAUGAUGCAGGAGUUGCGCCGCAAGCAACAGUUGUAUGUGGGCGACAGCUUUCACACCAUCUCAUCUACUGGUUCGAACUCUGCAGUGGUUCACUACCAGCCAGAGCGCGACAAGUGCAAGACCCUGCAGGAAUCCGAAAUCUUUCUGAUAGACACUGGUGCACAGUACCAGGAUGGCACAACUGACGUGACACGCACGGUCCAUUUUGGGACACCGAGCCCUGAACAGAAGCAUAUUUACACGAGGGUACUGCAAGGCCAUCUAGCAUUGGCUCAUGCAGUGUUCCCCGCGGGCACUCCUGGACUUCUGCUGGAUGCGUAUGCUCGAGGACCACUGUGGCAGGAUGGGCUCCAGUACGGUCAUGGAACGGGGCAUGGUAUCGGUGCAUAUCUCAACGUCCACGAAGGGCCUGCCCAGAUUGGCGGUGGCAGCGUGCCUGGAGAUCGGAUUCUUGCGAGCGAACGUCGACGGCGACUCUUUCUGCAACCGAUAACGGUUGGAGCCUUCAUGUCCGAUGAACCAGGCUGCUACAAAGACGGUGAGUUCGGAGUGCGCAUCGAGUCGGACAUUUUGGCUGUACCAGCCAAGACACCCUAUAAGAUGGCUAGUGCCUUUCUGACAUUUGAGUGUCUUACUCUGGUGCCCAUGUGCCGGAAGCUUGUGGAUGUGUCGCUUCUAUCUGCUACAGAAUUGAGGUGGCUGAACGAAUAUCAUGCCUUGAUUUGGACAGAACUCAGUGGUUAUUGGCCUGAGGGAGAUGGGUGGGUGCAUCAUAAGACUGGGCCCAUGCAAGUUGCAGAUGAUGCGCUGCCCAAAGAGGCAGCGAAUGGGAAGCCGCCUUCGCUGUGGCGGCUACUGCAGGUUGAAAUCACUAAGCAGGUUGUACUGCUGUGCUGGGAAGAAUUCCGCCGCGACGUGGAGAGUUUGCAGCAGUUGCUCGACACCUUGUGGAAGAGCUACACGCAGGAGACCAUGCGCGACAGCACCAAGGUGGGUGACCUGCUGGUUGACUUUUGGGUGGAGGUGCUCAACUAUCGACUCAGCGCUGCCGGAUGGAUCUCGAAAGUGGUGGUGGAGCAGGUAUACGGUAAGGCAGGAGCAGCGGAAGCGAUUAAAGGAGAAACUCGGCGCAAGCAGCGAGAUCAGGAGAUGCGCGAGCAGGUGCGCACCGAGGAUGACCUCAACUUGGAUAUGAUAGAUGCCAUCGAGGCAGAUGACUUGCCCUGCCAGCUUGGUGUCUCUCUCUUCUUGCAUCUUCUUGUCAGCAUGAUGGGGCUUUUUCUGCGUUUUGCCGAGCACCUUGGCAUGACACAACUCAAGGCGCAGGAAGCAGUUGCUGCAGAGUCACAGGUUGAGGUUGCUGGGAGCUCACUGCACGGCAUUCUCUACGUCAUGCGACCGAACCUUCCCAUGGUGGACAGCCGGACGCUUCUUUCCUCGCUGCAUUCACUACCUCAGCUUCGACAGGCAGAGGCUGCCCUGGAGCACUCCUACGAUUUGGACCUGGCUCGGUGUUACUACACCGUUCGGUGUGCCAUGUACCUUGUUGAAAGCUGCGUGGAGGGACAGCCCUGA